AUGUCAUCUUACACUUCUUUUACAGACCAACGCACCAUCCCGCCGUCACAACUACAACAACUACAACAACAACAGAUACAUAAUAAUAAUAAUAAUACGACAACGACGACAUCAACAACAUCGACAACGACAACGACAACGACAUCGACUACGACAUCAACAACACCAACAUCAUUAUAUUAUAAUAAUCAACAAAACUAUUAUCUACAAGGUCAUGAUCGAGAGUUACCACCAUUAUCACCAUCUUCGUCGGUUUCAACGUCGACGCCACCGACCUCGCCUCUACUUGGACAGACGGCCCCCGCCGAGUUAUUGCCUUUACCUUCGCUAUUGCCGAAUUCGUCGCUCUUGUCAAACGUGUUACUUAAAAAUAUCGAAAUGAAAAACAACAGUAUUGUGAACCAUACGAAAUGGAGCGAUGAACAAUUACGAGAACUGAGGGUGAUCUAUGAUCGUAUUGCCCAACGACUCAUUGAAGACUUUGAAAUCGAGAUAUCAAGAAAGGAAUGGAAGUUGUAUCUCGAUAAAAAGGACGUUCAAUUGUCAACACGACCAAGCAGUAAUAUCACCUCUAGCAAUUGUCUUGCCCGACUCAACGUUCAAUGUCCUCCCAUUGUCGGAACGGCCUAUACCCGUGAUUGGCAAUGUCGAUACCAAUAUGACAAGUUUCUCGAUGACUACGACCUACUCUACUAUUACACUUGUAACGAUAAAACACGUGCCAAAAAACAUAACAUCCCUUACUCUGACUAUGAUGUCAUAUUACUUAGAAUGACAACAAACAAAAUGAUUUGGGUAAAAUCAAGAGAAGCUACAAUGAUUCAAGUUUCAGGACCACAUCCAACAAGACCAAAAACAUUUAUUACAGUUGGAUGUACAGUCGAUUUUAGUGGAACACCACCACAUCCAUCUUAUUUUAAGGCUGGAUGUUCAAUGUUGGCUUGGUUGUACGAACCUAUUGGAGAUGGUAAAACGUCACAUUGUACACAUGUAUGUAAUUUUGAUUUUGCAAGAGACACUUCUUCAAUUGCAGAGAUUUUUGUAUUACCAAUGUUUCCAAAGUUUCCACUGUUGAAUGCCUACUUUAAGUUACUCUUUAUUCGAUCAAAAUUAAAAGAGAUUCAAUCAAAAUCGGAUUCUGGUAAACAAGGACUAUCACAAUUGUUGUCUGGUUCGAGUUCACAUCACUAUAGCAUCAACCGUAAAAAAUUGGCACAUCAAUCAAAGGAUGCAAAGAAACGUGUAAAGAUUACUAUUGACUUUACAAAUCCUCCAAAUGAUUGGGUUACACUCAUCCUUCAAAGAGCUACCAACACUAAUUGGAAAACUCUUGCUUCCAAUCCCAAUUCAAAACUAUAUACUGUUCAAUAUAAUUUUAAUCAUACUUUAAAUGAUAGAAAACUAAUUUUCAUUAAAACUAGUUUAGAAUAUGAUUGUACAAUUGAUAAACUAAGUUUAUUAUUGAUAGAAAAUUAUAUAAAUUGGGAUAAAUUUGUACAUACUAUAAGACAUGCUGACCGUGGGGUCAUCGUUUCAGGUGGAGGUGGAUCAAUGUCAAAGAAACUUCAUUAUAAUGUUCCUAGUUUUGAAUUACAAUGUUUAAGAUAUUUUGGUUAUUCAGAUGGUAAACCAUUUGCUAUUGAAGAAAGAGAAAAUGGAGAUAUAUGUUUUUAUUUAAUUAGAAAAACAGUCCAGGGACUAUCAGCAAUAGAUAUAUACUUUCUUGUUUAUAAAAAUAAUUGGUUGGACAAGUUGGAGAUUUAUAGUAACAUGUCCAAAGAAAAACAAAUUGGAAAGACUAUCAAAUCAUUUUUAGGAGGUUCUGAAAAGAGUAAAUCAAAACCACCACCACCACAAUUGUCACCAAUGGCCACUUCACCCAACUUGGCAUCAUCCACUUCAUCUGUAGGUUCAAAUUCCUCUCAAAGUCAACAACCACUUUUACCACCAUCAUCUCAACACAACGAUAAUGGAAGUAGCAGUGGUGGAAGUAGCGGAGGCAAUAGACAAACAAAGGAUUUUUACUAUUUUAGUAUUGUUCAAAUGUUUGAGACAAUGAUUGAAGGAGUUUAUUUCCAAAUGUCGACGGAAUUUUUAGAGAAUCUAAAGGUUUUGACGAUUGAUGAAAGUUUGGAACUUGCUCCACUUGCCGAAUUGCCAACACGCUUCAAGAGAACAAACUCUGCAUCUACGAUUGGUCACGAGGACAUGAACGAUGUCAACAUGAUUGGCACACCAACUACACGCAAGAGAACAAAAGAGACGCACGAAACAAAACAAACCGAUAGAUCAUCAAGUUCAUUCUCCUCUACCUACACUACAAUGACUAUAGAUAGUAGAAAAGCUAGUGUUUGUAGUAUUGGAGGAGAUAUAUCUAUGAUCAACAAUAAUAAUAAUAACAGUCAACCAUCAUUCCUAGAUUCUCACCGACCAGAUUCUUUUCUCUUGCCACCUUUUUUCCCAACCAAUCAUUAUUGGAAACCAACUCAAGAGAAUAUGGGAGAAUUAUUUUUACGCAAGCCAUUGGAUGGUUUUAGUUUAAACAAUAAUAAUAAUAUUAAUAAUAAUAUGAUUGAUGAAUUAUCCAAUACGGCAAUAACCAACAACAACAACAACAACAACAACACCUCGACAACAACAACAACAACAUCUACUACUACUACUACUACUACUUCUAUUGACUCUGAACCAUAUAUACUCAUGCUUCCACAAGAAUUGUUACAUCAUAUUUUUUCAUUUCUUGGGGAUGUCGUGCUAUGUAGACUAUCGCGUACUUGUAAAUAUUUCAAAAUGGUUUCAGAGUCUGACAGCCUAUGGUACCCUGUAUUUGAAACCAUGUUUGAGUCGAUUCCUACUGCUUGGAAGAAAAAAUUUCUUUGCAAAAUUAGAACUGAAGCCUUGUGGAGCCUAUGUACAGACACCCAACCGCAAAACAAUGGUCUCAAUUACUAUCCAAACAACAAAUCGGCACUCGACAGAGAUCCCAUUCCUCUAUCAUCUGUAACCAUCUGUUCAUAUCGUAUCUAUCCUUCAUUGGUUACAAUCUAUCCAAAAUCACGAUCAGAUUCCAUCUCUUCGUGUCUUUUACAUCACAGUAAAGCUUAUUUUGCGACUGAUCAAAAUAACUUUAUUCAGGCAAAUAUUUAUGAAAACAUUCCAGAUAAAAUGUUUAAAAGAUUAAAUUUUGAAAAGGAAAUUAAUAAUAUUGAUAAUAAUAGUAUUGAUAAUGGUCAAGAUGAUAUAGAAAUGGGAGACUCAACAAACAAUUCUUUAAAGUUAUGGUUAAAUGAAAGAGGAAUUUUAACUUCUUUAUGUGCCAAUAGAAGAUUGUACAAGAUUGAUACGAAUCAUUCAAAACCACCAUUGACAUCAAUUGAUGAUUUAAUGGAGGAGGAUAUGGAACAACAAUCAUCACACAAUAAUAGCGACUUUAAUAACAAUAGCAACACCGAUCACUUACAACAACCAAAAUAUAUAACUUUGAUUAAUCCAAAAAUACAGUAUCCAGCCUGGGACGUAGUUGGAUGCAGUAAUAGUAAGAGUGGAGAACUCGUAGCACUACACUAUAAUAGUUGUCAAGACAAUAACGACGACCAUGACACUGUCGUUGACUUGUUUAGUUGCUCCGAUGGAAAGUACCUCAGAUCGUUUGAUAGAGGCGGCGAGGAGAUUGCUGCAAUCGAUCUCAACAUGAGUAGACUUGGAGUGGGUGGAUUCAGUGGACCUAUCGACCUGUAUGAUAUCAACACUGCAUCCAAGGUGUUGACCUUUUUGGGUCACACUGACAAAAUCACCAGUCUCAACGUAUUGGACGAUGAAGAUAUCGUAGUGGCAUCGAGUAAAGAUUGUACAGUUAAAUUUUACGACGAAAGAGGAGGUCCCUAUUAUGUCAAACGUAUCGUGACAACCGAGCCUGUGCGUCGUGUCUACACCUCUACUACUCGUGUCCUUUGCGCCACCAAAUCCAAUCUCUCCUACUAUGAUCCUCGUAAUCUAUCCAAACCCAUCGGACAACUAUGGAACCCACCCAAAACAAAUGUAUUUUAG